ACAAGUAAAUAACUUUUCCUUAUUUUACUUGGAGCCACCAGAGAGCAGACCGAUUGGAAUGACUCCUAGUCCCUACCUAUCUGCACUGGAUUAAAAGCAAUGUGUGGAUAGGUGCCUGGAGUGCUGAUGUGAUUGAGGUGCCAGGAUUUUCCCGUUAUAUGAACAGCAGGUGAGCAGAGUUCCCUGAGCUGGAGUGGAGAGGGUUUUUGAGGGGCCAACCCUCCUCCUUUUGCUGAAGUUUGGUCUCAGGUACCCCAGAUUUAAUACAACACAAACCCAAGCCAGAAGACAAGCUGUCGUCGUGACCACCUCCCAUUACAGCCUCACAAACCCACAUUCCAACUGGGUGGAAGGAGAGUCACCAACCAGGCUGCUGGGGCAUCUCUAUGGCAACGGAAUCAACAGUUGCUUCACGGCAAAGCACCAGGGGCUGGAGGGAGCCAGAAAGCGCCUUCCUCGACUGACCCGGGCGGACGCAGGCAGCGUAGGAAAUGGCUUUCUUUGGAUUAACCUACCUGGGGUACCAGGAGCCCUUUCGGGAGAAAAAGCUGGCAUUAAAAACACCUGAUGCAGCAGGGCCGAAGCCACUCAGAGGGGGAUUAUUUCACCCAUCGCUACCCCCCAUCGGCCCUGGGCGCUUGGAUGGCACGGUGCACCAGGGCAGCCACGACCGCUAUCGAGAGGCUGUGACGCACCGUUGGCUCCAGAGAACUCCCAACCAAGUGUUCAGGGUCCCUAUGACCUGUGCACAAGAUAGCGGCUGGGGGGUGCCCAGGGAUCCUGCAGUUCGAGCAGAGGAGGUCACCCCCUGGAUGACAGUGCAGAGGGUUCCCUUGAUAAGGAGCCCCAUGACCAGGUUAGCAACACAGCACCCACCCCCAGAGGUCACCUGCCAGCUCAGAUGCUCGCCCACUUUGCAGACUCCCCCAAAGCAGCGGAGCAGCAGGUUCGUGGACAGCAUGGGCCUGAGCAACCCCCAUUUCAGCCUGUUCUGAGCAUCCUGGUGGGCUCCAGGGCAAUAAAACAAUCGAG